GAACGGAGACCGUUCGACCCAAGAUGACCAGGGACUCACCUGCCUCUGAAGUCUACAGCGCAACCACAGAGACACUUCAGCAGAAAAAGAGGAUGCCCCGUGCUAAAGCACACGCACUGACACUGGAAUGGGCCUUUGGGAUAAAUCACACUCUUCCUGUCUUCAGUCUGCAAGACCAUGAUCAGCUAAUGACCCUGUAUGCUGGCAGCAAUGUUGGGGUCAUAUACAAUCAUACCUCAAACUCCCAGCACUUACUUCAGGGCCAUAGCAGCCCCAUCUCUUGUUUGUGUGUGAGUGAAGAUAGACGCUGGCUUGUAACAGCAGACAUGGGGCAGGACAGCCUGGUUAUGAUCUGGGAUGCCUACACUGGAAUUCCUGUGCGUACUCUGUUUGACUGCCAUCCUGAGGGGGGCGUCACAGCUUUGGCAUUGUCAAAGGACACCAAACACCUCGCAACUCUUGGGGCUGGAGAUGUUCAGUGCCUAUGUAUAUGGGAUUGGACAAGUGAAGCAGAAAAACCUUUGUGGUAUACUGAACUCAAUUCUAAGCAUGGUUUACAAAAUUACAUAAUUUUCAGUCCAAGUGAUAGCUCUCAGCUGCUCACCAGCAGUGAUAGCCAAGUGUUGUUUUACAAAACGACCCAGGAAAGUUUGGAAUGCUUUGCUCCUGAGCUUGACAAUAAGACUUUCAACAAGGUGGUGGGGUUAUUCAGCCAGUCAGUGUUUCACUGGAAGGAGUUUCAGGCCCUAACAGCCACUCAGGCAGGCAACCUUGUGCUGUGGGAUAUAAUGAAAGGCUGUGCUGCAAGCCAAAGCUUCACCAGAAAGGCCAUCAAGCUCAUCCCCCUCCAGGAACACUCCAUCACUGUACUCACCACAACUGACAGCUGUAUUGUAACAGGUGACACCCUGGGCCAUAUAAAGUUUUAUGAUGAAAACUUCAUGCUCCUCGGCUGGUACAGUGAAUUUGGCCUGGAUUCUAUUGUGUCCAUCUCCUUUUCCAAAGAGUGUACACCCAGAUGCACACAGGCAUAUCCAGAGGAUUGCACUCUGGAGGUCAAACCAUUCAUUGUCAGGAACUUUGUAGUGUCAACACUCAGCUCAACAGUAGUACAUGUGAAUGCAGAGAGUGGCGUGCCUCAAAUCCUGUUACGUGAGCACUACGAGCCUCUGCAUGCAGUGGCCUGCCAUCCCAGACAGCCUCUUGUUGCCAUGGGGAGUCACAGUGGCAUUUUAAAGUUGUGGGACUAUAACAGCAAACUGACCAUCGUCAGCAGGGUGUUUGAGACUGAGAGGCAUAUUCAGUGCAUCGCCUUUGACCCUCAAGGAUUAUACAUGGCUGUUGGCUUUGGCAGUGGAGCUGUCCACAUACUGGAUCCUUGUACUUUACAAAGUGAUUCUGAAGAGUGUUUCAGUCACACCGAAGACAGCAUCCAUCACAUCACUUUCUCCUUAGACUCCAAGUAUCUUGCCACUGCGGAUGCUGGAAAAGCAGUGACAGUGUUCCGCUUGCAGACGGAUAAUGGGCUGGCUCGUUGGAAGGUUCUGGGCAGGUACCGCUCCCACUACAAGCCCAUCAAAGACCUUCUAUUUGGGGUGCACCUGGACAGCACCCAACCUAGACUGCUUUCGCUGGGAAUGGACCGCAGACUGGUGGAGUAUGAUCUGCACAACAGUGAUGAAAACCGGCUCCUAAUCUUAAGCUCAGAGCGCAUUGAACAAAGUGCUGUGCCCACUUCCAUGACUUGGUAUCCACGCUUCACCACUGAGCACUUUCUUCUCACGGCCUCAGACCAAUACAAGAUGAAGCUUUUCAACAGCACUACCAAAAUGUGCAGAAAGACUAUCCUUGGCCCAACAUAUGGCUCUCCAGUUGAGAAAAUAGUGGUUCUUCCCAAGUACACAGAACAUGACACAAGCUCAUUCUACCUGGCGUACAUCACAAAAGACAAGGUGGGUCUCCAGAUUCUGCCCCUUGAUGGGAACCCCUACAAGUCCAGUGCUUUGAUCUGCCACCCAAAGGGCGUAUCUGCUUUGGCCUGCUCCUACGAUGGUCGAUUUGUUUUUACUGCCGGUGGACCGGACUGCACUGUCUUUUCAUGGGAGAUUAACCGAAAUGCAUUGGAGGCAGCAGCUGCCCUGGGAGGAAAGGACCUAAUGCCCUUCUACACUCUUUUAGAGGGAGGAAGAGAGGGGCAGUUCUACAGAGAAAUGGAGGACGUUUUCUACUACUGCCAAAUACGCAAUCAGGGCAUUGACUCCAUGGAAGAACGACAGGUGUCUACAAAAAUUCCAUUGACAGAUAUGCCUUCUGUAAUGAGGGCCCUAGGCUUCUUUCCCACUGAGCAAGAGAUAGAAGACAUGCAGAAUGAGGUUAAGUUCAGCAAGUAUGCUGAAACUGGAAAAUAUGUGACCAACAUAGACCUGGAGGAGUUUAUUAAGCUGUACAUCAACCACCGGCCAGCCUUCGGCAUCUCUAGUGAUGAACUCGUUCAAGCGUUUCAUGUCCUCUGCGAAAGUGACAAGACAGGAGAGCCUGUGCUGCAGAGACACAAGCUGCUGGAGCUUCUUCAGGUUAGAGGGGAGUGCAUGACCGAAGACGAGAUAGCAGAGUGUUUUACCACACUUUUAGGCCUUGAUGCAGAAGCAGAGGGAUCUGAGCAUGACACCAGUGAAUAUGACAAAUAUUUGCUGGAGCAUGCUAUCCCAAACGAGAUAGCUGUAGAGACAUUUACGAGGGACAUCCUGGGCUUCCCAUCCCAUGCAGAGGCAGCCAGUGUGCCAAGUGUCACGCCGUCUCCUCAAGAGUGACGGAGCGCUGAGGCUCUGCUGAAGUCUCCAACCUGACUUGAACUGACAUUAAGUUUUCCUCGAUUUAAGAUGUGUGUUUUUGUAAUUUGGCAUCAUAGAUGUUGACCUAAAAAAUGACGUAUGGGUUAAAAAACACAUAUACAUUUAGUUGAACAGUAUGGUAGUACUUAAUGUUGAAUAGACAAUAUGUCUUUUGUAAGACAAAUGAAUGGAUGAGCAAAUAAUCAAAUAAUAAAUACACA